GAUUGGGCUGUAACGGUCGAAGGUUCUAAUAUAAAGCGAGAGACAACCGUGCCCGUGGAACAGUGUGAUUUACAGUCAAGCAAAGGAUGAAUCGUUGGAACGGAAAAGUAGCGAUCGUGACCGGUGCGAGCUCCGGGAUCGGAGAAGCAACCGCGGAAGCUCUGGUGAAGCACGGUAUUAAAGUUGUCGGCCUCGCGAGAAGAGUGGACAAACUUAAGGAUCUAGCCACGAAAUUGGGAAAAGAUAAAUUCUAUCCUAUUCAAUGCGACUUGAGGAAGGAGGACGAUAUCUUGAAGGCGAUGAAAUGGGUCGAAAAGGAACUGGGUGGUGCGGAUAUUCUUGUGAACAACGCAGGAGUCGCCAUUACAACUCCCGUGAUCGAUUCGGCUACCGAAGAAUAUUAUAAAGUAAUCGACACUAAUCUGAUAGCCCCUACAAUUUGUGCACGAGAAGUUAUCCGGUGUUUGAAAAAGCGAAAUACAGCGGGACACGUUAUUAACAUCAAUAGUAUCGCCGGACACUUUGCCGAGAGUCUGCACAUGCCACUUGGAAUGUACGCUCCUAGUAAAUACGGUUUGACUGCUUUGGGCUCAGAACUUCGUCACGAAAUAAUCGCAGCUAAUUUAAACAUCAAGGUUACAAGUAUAAGUCCUGGAGUGGUAGAAACAGAGAUGGCAAGUGGUGUCAUACCCCCGAAUUUAGGUAUUCCGGUAUUGAAAGCUGAGGAUAUCGCAGCAGCAAUAAUUUAUGCCGUAGGGACACCGGAGCAUGUAGAGAUUCCCGAAAUUACAAUUAUGCCGCAUCGUGCGACGAUAGGUAUACCGACAACGUUUGAUCAAAUGAAAAAGAAAUAAGGGGACAGAAACAUCAAACCACUCGGAUUGCUGUUUGAAUUAGAAGAAGAUGAUUUCUUAAAAAAUAUUUAACAAAUAUAUAUUCAAUCUUAUACUUGUGUAUUUUACAUAAUAUUUUUUUUGUAUAUUUUGGUAUAGCU